CUUUCACCAAUCUCUGUCCCUCCCGUCACUCUUUUGACUUUGUCUUGGCCAGGCCCAUUUCGUCAUGCAGCUGCAAGCUUUUGUCGCUCUUUUAUCACUUCUCGGGGCCGCCAAUGUCAAUGCUAAUCCCGAACGUCAUGCUCGUCUCGCAAAGAGACAGAAUGCUGGGGCCGUCGUCACGGUUGGUUCAAGCUCUGCUAGUUCGACUUCCUUAUCACCCGGUGCCCCAACAACGAGCUUUACUUCAUCGACUGCAUCGGCCUUGGGUUCACCCGUGCCAACCACACCUGUUGGCACCACUAUCCCUCCGCUCGUUAAUAUCACUUCCGGCAUGGCGACCCCUUCAACAGUCCCUCUCUCUGCUACUUAUUCCGCAGGCGCUACACCUUUAAUUUCCGGCGCUCCAGUUUUACCUACUCCAUUCGUAUUUCAAGCCGCAGACUGGCCUACUCAGGACCAGAUUGCACCUACUGAUUCCGAGGAGGUUUCCGAAUGGAUGGAAGAACUCAAUGGUUUCAAUAUACCCGAUAUCACUCCUACCGUAGAUGGCACUUGCCAAAGCGACCCUGCUGCUGCUGCGGAAGCUGCUAGUCGUGGUUGGUGGACUUGCGGUGGCUAUACCCGUGUUACUGAUAUCACCGCUUGUCCGAAUAAGUUGACAUGGGGCGUCAGCUUUGAUGAUGGCCCAGGUUUCUACAGUAUGGAGCUUCUUGACUACUUGGCUUCCAAGAACAUGACCUCGACGUUCUUCGUUAUUGGUUCUCGUAUCGUCGAGCGUCCCCAGGUUCUUGUGGAGGAGUAUAUGUCUGGGCAUGAAAUCGCUGUGCACACCUGGUCGCAUCGCCCUCUUACUAUGCUUACUACUGCACAAGUCGUAGCUGAGCUGGGUUGGGCACGUAAAGCUAUCAAGGAUGUCAUUGGUGUUACUCCCACAUUGAUGCGUCCCCCUUACGGCGACAUCGACGAUCGUGUUCGCGCCAUUUCCCUGGCAAUGGGUAUGGUCCCCGUUAUCUGGACUAGCACUGGUACUGGCGCAACGUUUGAUACUAACGACUGGAAGGUUCCUGGCGGUGUGGUCACAGGUCCUCAGUCCUUUGCCACUUUUGAGGCUAUUCUAUCCAACGCAACUAUGCUGAACACUGGAUUUGUUGUUCUGGAGCACGACUUAUAUGCACAAACUGUCGAUCUUGCUAUUGGCUACACGUUGCCUGCUGCUAUGAAUUUUACCCCUACGCUUACUCUCGACUCCAUUGGUCACUGCAACGGCAUCCCAAGUACGAACCUGUAUCGCGAGAGCAACCAAAACACGAGCUUCCCCUACGCGAAUAGCACUAGUGGUGACACGUCCGUUCCUAGCGGCUCAGGCGGGAAGGGUAGCACCAGCGCGACUUCUGGUACUUUAUCGAAUGCCAUAAUGCCUAUAUCUAUGGUCGUUGCUUCAUUGUUGGCUGCUGGCGGCUCCCUCCUCAUGUGACCUAACGGACAUACCAUUUACGCAAAUUUGACUAAUCUAGACGAUGAUGGACGUACGGCAGCUGUAUAUAUAUUUCGCCCCCUUUGUGGACAAGUAUGUUUUUGUGGAUGCUGCUCUAUCUACUCUGAUUCUAAGUACCCCGUUUUCUCUGUUCAAUAUGUUGUAAUUUUGUGUGAAAUUUGGCACAGAGGUUUUUGCAGAGAGCAAUAAACCUGCUGGCAGAUAAACAUAGUACUUACGGUGAUAGCCGAUAAUAAGGCUUGGAUCCGGAGGACAGUUAAGUUACGGUUGCUGCCAGCCAUAUCGAUUCAUGGCUUCACUCAUCACCGCUGUUCGCUCAAGUAUGCGCGCUGCUUUCUUAUAACCCAGCGAGCGCUAACGUACAUAUCACAAUUGCAGAAUUACUUCAGGCAAUUAGAUCC